GUUGUCGCCAGGUUCCAAACACUCCCCGUCUGCCUGGGUUGAACGUCGAGCGAGAACCGACUCGAAGACUGACAAUUCCUCAACACCGCCCCCUUUCCCCUCAACUCGACCUUGGGCUACGCGAGCCAUAGCCCCUCAUCUUAUCCUGGGAUCAGAUUGCGAUAAGCCAAUUGCAAGCGCCUCCUGGGUUUCGCGCUUGUUUUGCGGGCUGGUGUCGGCGACUGUUUGGGGUAACUUGGACAUCCAUCGCCAUAUCGAACGGAAGAUAGACGGCAGUGAAAAAGACGUCGAUUCCCAUGGGUAAGCCGCGCCAAAGAAUCUCCCCCAACUCUCAACUCCCCCUCGCCCUGCGUAGUCAUCACGCAGUCUUGUCGUCCUUCGCUCGUCCCUCUUCCCUCUUUCAAAACAGCCAAGCCGGUCCUUGGCGGAACUCGGCGGACCAUCAACGAGCUCGCCCAAGGCUUCUGAUUGCGGCGCGGAACACAACAGCAUUGUAAACGUUGGCUACUGCCCGUUUUCCCUUCAGCGCGCAACCAUUACGCCAGAUGGCAAAUUGGCACAGCCCACUUACUACCAGCGAUUAGCUUCCGUCUGAGAUCUUCCAGCAGACUCCCCUAAUGCCAAUCUGUGUAAAAGUUCUUACUCACUUCAUCCUGCAUCACAUCAUUCCGUACUCUGCCGCUACAUAAAUAGGAGACUGAUUUCUCGUGCCUACCUUGGGCGCAAAUGAACAAUAGCGAACUUCCGAACCUUGUUUCAGCGAGAAGGACGCCGCAAGUCCGGCAAUCAGCAUAACAUGCCGCAAGGACAGAAUGGAGAGUCUACGCCGCUGCUGGGAGACCUGGCUCCUCAGACGACCCGAACCAGUCACCACACGGCACGCUGGGAGAGCGACAACAGCAGUCCAUGGGUGAAGUACCCAAAGCACGUUGCGCAUCUCACCUGGCUCACGCUUGUGAGCAACUACGUCAAUGUUCUGCUUGUAUUCGUACCCCUCGGUAUUGUAGCCGGUGCACUGAACUGGAACCCAACAGCAGUGUUCGUCCUCAAUUUCCUGGCUAUAGUGCCACUUGCAUCGCUACUGAGCUUUGCGACCGAAGAGUUAGCUGUAAAGCUCGGAGAAACCAUCGGCGGCCUCAUGAAUGCGACAUUUGGCAAUGCAGUGGAGCUUAUCGUCAGCAUAGUUGCACUGAGGCAGGGUCAGAUUCGUAUUGUACAGGCUAGUAUGCUUGGUAGCAUACUGUCCAACAUCCUCUUGGUUUUGGGAUGCUGUUUCAUGGCAGGUGGUUUCCGUGGCGGCGAACAAGAAUUUAACGCAACCAUCGCCUCCGCGAUGUCCUCCCUCAUGGCAGUCGCAUCAGCUUCGCUGAUCAUUCCCGCAACGCUUUGGGCUACCCUCUCCAGCUCAGACCAUGCCAUCGAGAAAGACGACAGCCGAAUCAUGUUCCUUUCCCGAGGAACCUCGCUCCUGCUUCUCGUCCUCUACAUCUCAUACUUGUUCUUCCAGUUAAAGACACAUCACUACCUCUUCGAUGAGGAGUCUCAGCAAGAGUCAGAAGAGGAAGAGGAGCAUAUUCUUUCACCCUGGGCUGCAGGUGUUGCACUUCUCGUAGUGACUGUCAUGGUGGCGGUGUGCGCAGAGUACCUUGUCGACAGCAUUGACAGCAUUGUUGAGACCUCGCACAUCUCGAAGACGUUCAUUGGUUUGAUUCUGAUCCCAAUCGUUGGCAAUGCAGCCGAGCACGUAACUGCGUGCGUUGUCGCGUACAAGGGCAAGAUGGACCUUGCGAUUGGCGUUGCCAUCGGCAGUUCCCUUCAAAUUGCCAUCUUUGUCACUCCCUUCCUCGUUAUCUUAGGAUGGAUCAUUCACCAACCUAUGACGCUGCUCUUCCAGGGCUUCGAGACGGUCAUGUUCUUCCUCAGCGUCCUGGUUGUCAACUAUUUGAUCCAGGAUGGAAAGAGCAACUGGCUCGAAGGCGCCAUGUGCUUGGGAAUGUACAUUGUCAUCGCGUUGGCAUUCUAUGUGUACCCUGACAAUGCGAAGGAUAUCGGAACAAUCAUUAAAAACUUUUUCAACUAGUUCUCUCGAGAAAGCCAUGCCUUCUUGACGACCCGUGCUUGGGUUUUGACACCGUAUUACCAUUUGCUUGAAAAAGCCAUUUCUCUUUCUGUACGGGACGGGACACUUGUGUUGAAUAUUAUAAUCUGUAUAUACAUGUAUACAUAUAGUGCGGCUCAAUGGCUGCUCCCAGAAGUUCGAUACUCUUAAAUGUUUCAUAUAUCGAGCCUUAUCCCCUGCUCUUCAAGCUCAGCACUUUGAAUGGCAACAUGAUCACGGCUACUGGCGUUAUGCUGCAG